CUUUCGUAAGUGAAAAGAUUGUGGCGCGAAAAAUUGUCGCUAGUACGCUCAUAGUUUUUGUAGUCGACGCGUGUACCGGAGAGGUUAAGAUGAGUGAAACGUAACAGGAUUUAUUUGUAAACGACGUGAACGGAGUUUAUGCACUGAUUCGCGUAGUAAAAUGUGUACAUAGUACACGCGACACUACCUGAUUUUCAUUAGUUUACAUUCACUGCAGUAAACUCGUUUCGUACCUAAUUCACGCAUUUCAAUUUUUCGAAACUCGAUGGAUAUCUUAUUUGUUUCUGACACUUUUUCAUUAGCACACGCAUUUUUGCUUAUUGUGUAUACCUAAAAACGAGGUUAUGUCAUAGACAUAGUCUUGUACUUUUACUUCCGCGAAAGGUAGAAAAUAGUUUCUUACGAACGUAAAAUGAAAAUGGACUACAUAGUUUUCUUAGACGGUAAUUUAUUCGAAGUGAGUGCAUCAACGAAAACCAGAUUUACUGAUGACGAAGCUGUUACUUUCUACGAAUUAUUUUACAUUUGCAAAUAUCUCAAGGUCUCGCACUUUAUCAAGGUGGAAAAUCUCGAAAGAAGAGAAAGGAGAGAAAAACAGAGACCAUCGAUAGAUCAUCGAUCUGAUCAAUUUUGGGAAACCGGUGGGGGAUCGGGCAACGAGAGCUACACAUACAUAGCGAUGCGGAGCAUCAGCGAGAGAGUAAGAGGGAAAGCGCAGGGUGGCAAACGCCGAGUUGCCACCCUUCGUCAGCUGUCCUGUACGAGGCAGCCAGUACGCGUCGUGGCUUCGCCACGUGCUUUUCGUCUCUUUGCAAAGUUCGUGUUCACCAUCGUCGACGAUGUUUUCAUAUUUGACCGUGAUCUUGUUGUGUUGACUCGCCGAUCAAAUCGAACCACGGAUUCUCCGCGAUGCGAUCAAUUUGGGACAUCUGGAUCCGUUCGUGACCAUCGGUCGUACAUACUGUUUCGACGACCAUGUGACGAACAAGACGCUUAUCUUCGAUACGAGUUCAUUAUGGAGAUUCCAGCGUUUUCUCAUCGAGCGUAAUAAUAGAAAUAGAAGGUAUCCGAACGCUAGGCGUUUCAAUCGAAUUGAUGAAUGAAUUAAGACGCAUUGCGAGGGAGGAUCGGUCCCAAGACAUCAUGAAGCAGCGAGUCCUACUGGCCCUCGCCAACUUGAUCACCUCCUACGCAUCUUUCCUAGCGGCUACUGGAGCAAAAGCGUCCACGAGGCAGAGGACGCAGAGCAACAAUCACAGCAACAUCAGCGAGCUACUGGACAAUCUUCUUCGCGGUUACGACAACAGCGUCAGACCAGACUUCGGUGGUCCACCAGCCACGGUUGAGGUCGACAUCAUGGUGCGCAGUAUGGGUCCGAUUUCCGAAGUCGAUAUGACAUAUUCAAUGGAUUGCUACUUCCGGCAAUCGUGGGUGGAUCGACGUUUGGCUUUUCAAGGUGGCAAAGAAACUCUGGCGCUCAGUAUAUCGAUGCUGGCAAGAAUCUGGAAGCCGGAUACGUACUUUUACAAUGGAAAGCACAGUUAUUUACACACGAUAACCAGCCCUAAUAAGUUCGUCAGGCUUUAUCAAGACGGCAGAGUCCUGUAUAGUUCAAGACUUACGAUCAAGGCUGGUUGCCCGAUGAAUCUUGAGAAUUUUCCGAUGGAUACGCAGAGAUGUCCAUUACAAUUUGGCAGCUUCGGUUACACGAAACGGGACGUGAUCUACAAAUGGAACAGCGCCCGACAAGUAGCAAUCGCCGAGGACAUGAAAUUAUCCCAAUUCGAUUUAGUUGCCAAUCCCACUGCGAAUUAUUCUGCAUCGGCGACGCUUUCACACGCGGAAUAUUCGAUGCUGCUGGUAUAUUUUCAUCUGCAGAGGCACAUGGGUAAUUUUCUUAUACAAGUAUACGGGCCCUGUGUUUUACUCGUGGUCCUAUCUUGGGUCUCCUUCUGGUUAAAUCGAGAAGCCACUGCAGAUCGUGUAUCACUGGGUAUAACAACCGUAUUAACGAUGACAUUUCUGGGAUUAGAGGCGCGGACAGAUUUGCCUAAAGUUCCUUACCCCACUGCCCUGGACUUCUUCGUUUUCCUUUCGUUCGCUUUCAUUUUUGCCACCAUUAUACAAUUCGCGGUGGUGCAUUAUUUCACCAAGUACGGUUCCGGCGAGUGUUAUUUCAGCUCCGAUUUAAGCGAAAGUGAGAGUUCCAGCGACGAGGAGGAGGCGAAUACACGACAAUUGCAGAAAGAACCGGUACUCCAAUCGCACAAAAGAACCGCUGGAAAUCUAACGGCACGAGGGCAGUCAAGUCGAAAUUUUACGAUGAAUGAGGACGGUAUGAUCGAAGUGAUACCGUUAUCAGCGAUCCCAGAACCCAGCAGAAAUCCUACAGUGGGCCACUGGCAGAUGUCCUGCGUGACCUGCAGCCCGCCCCCUCGUCAAGCUCCUCCGAGCAGAAAAGAGGGAUCCGGUCGAAGGCGACGCAGAAGAACGCCUAGAUACAAUUCCGUAUCGAAAAUCGAUCGUGCCAGCCGCAUCGUGUUCCCCGUGUUCUUCCUGGCUAUCAACGUGUUCUACUGGUGCGCGUAUCUGUCGAGAAGCGAGCGUAUCAAUUACUACAACGUGGAUUCGAACGGCACGUGAAAUCGGUCGCUAAACGGGACAACUAAGGGAAAACAAGUGUACGAAUGUUCUCCACGAGAUUACUCAACGGAGAAGGAGAUGUCGACCAAUCUACGAUAUUACUUUAAGCGAUCACUUAAUAAAAAUUGUUGGCCGGCGGGCGAUUUACGAGGACAAUGAGAGAUAUGGACGAGCGUAUGAACGAAUAUUACGUUAUCGUUCGUAAGUUCAAUCGUAUUAAAUAGAAAGGGACAAGGAUGCAUGAAUAUUAUGAGUAUUAGAGACAUUUGCAUUUGUAUUUUUAACUCUCUGUAGGAGAAGUUUCUAACUAUUGUUUAAAAAAAGUUUUAAUUAUUGCUUAGCUUGCGAUCAAAGUAAAAUUUCACCCUGGAAUCUUUUCGAAAAGAAUUGCGAAUAUUUCAAGAGGAGAUUCUAAUAUUUGACUUAACAAGUGAUUAAUUAGAUAAUAUAACAAAGAUGUUAAUAAGUAUGGCAGAAUUUUUUUAAAAGUCUGAAACAGCAAGAAGAUGUAUGUUUGGAUAUAAACGAUCUAAUUUCUAUAUUGAAAAGAUAUAUUUUAUAAGUUUGUAUACGAAACAUUAAAAAGUUGUGACAUUUUCCAAUUUCCUUUACAAUUAGUACAAUGAUACAUAUUUCAUUCGAAAUUCUGCAUUCUUCGCAAUUGUUGUUCAAUACGAUUAACCUUGUGAACGAUGCUACUGAUAAAUAAUCGAUACCAACAAUACGGACGAAGAUAUGAGACCAGACUAGGAAACUUUAUGAAACGCUAUAUAAAUAUUUAGUAAAGCUUAAAAUGUGAGUUUGUAAUGUAUGCGGAGAAACUGAAGAGAUAAAUAUUGUUUAAAUCGGUUUAAGAAAUAAUUAUUGUUUAAAUUUUAUAUCUUGUUAAAUAGUAAUUCAUAUUGUAACUCUUAAAAAACGAACUAUAAUAGGUUUUUUGUGUUUAACACUUUAAAUAUAGUAGACGAAUUUAUAAUUUAAACAGUAUCAUUAUUAGACAGUAAACAGUAUAUAUUAUUAUUACUAUUUUAUGACAAUAAACGUUAUGUUCACGAUUCAAUAUAGAAUGAUAUAUGUAGAAAUAUCUCUUUACAAUAACAAUCAGAUGUAAAAAUAUCUUUUUAUAAUUAACGACUUACAAGCCGUUUAAGGGUUAAUAAGCAUAUUUUUUGUUGACAAAUAACAUUAUUCAUUAUUCUUGACAAAAAUGGGAAAAUUAUCUGCGUUAAAAUGAAAUAUAUAUAUAUAUGAAAUAUUAUGUUCAAUCUCCUAAGUGUUAAAUUAUAGCACAAGAAUAUAACACGGAUAUAAAAAAUCCCUUAUCCGUACCAAUUAAUCAUUCUAAAUAGUGAUAAAUGUAUUGGAAAACACCAAUCUAUUUCUGUCAAUCACAAUCACAGAAAUUACUUCCUCCACUCUUGAAACAAGCAAUUGGGUCAACAAAUGAUUGUAUGACCAUGCUAGAACGAGAUAGCCGGUACAGUACUAAAUUGUACUCAUCAUUUCCAUUACAGAUAACGACUGAUUAUUAUAGGUUCGACCUUUGUCUAACAGUCAUAAAUGGUAACAAAUUAAAAUCGUCGUAUCAUAUUUUUGACCGUUAACGUGCCAUACAAUAGUUAGUAUUUAUGGUUUUCAUUCCUCGAAAACACAGUGUUCAAGUUAGUCUACUGAAAAGAAAAUUUAGCUUUAAUAUCUCCCUCGUUAGACUGUACAAAAUACGUGAACAAUGAAAAGAUAAAAGCUUUUCCUAUUUUUUCUCAAUUAUCGACUUUUCUUCCUUCUUAAUUGUUAAUAAAACGAAAUUUUAUAAUGUCGCGAUAUCUGUAACAUUCAAUCUGUUUCAGAGAAUAAAUUAAUUCUCACCUUCCGUGCAUGUGUGAAAAAAAGAUUUCAAAUGUAAAUGAUGCGAUAAAGUUUAGGACAAAUAUAUAAAAAUUGUUUGAAAUUCCUACUUAAAUGUAAGUUGCAUCAAUUGCAGAUAAAAAAUUGUGCCAGUCUGAUCUAAUAAUAAAAUAUCGGUGAAACAUACGGAAUAAAUUUUAAUCAUUAGAGGAACGUUUAGUGAGUGAAAUGAUAGAAAUAUUCAAUGGUAAUUGCGUAUUAGGUGCGACAAUAAAAAUCAAUUUUAAAAACAGUCCGUUGUUAUUUAUUGUAACAUAUAUACACAAAAUAUGUACAUACAAUAUAGCCUGCUACAAUAAAAUAAAGAUAUAUAGUAUUUUUCAACAUAUGGAGUAUAGUGAGGUAUACAUAAUACAUGUCCUCUAUGAAAAUACUAUUAAAUAAUGAGAAAUAUAAUACAAAUACAAUAGAAUUCUUUCAUUUCUUAUAACAAAUUUGUAAAAAAACAACAAAAUAUCGUUUAUUUAGUUUCGAAAUCAUAAUAUUACCGUUUCAUGUUUUGUAAAUAUUUUUAAAUACUUCUUUAAAUUGUUCUGUUUCUUAAUAUUUAAGAAAUUUGUAUUUUUUAUUGAUAGUAUGUGCUUCAGUUAAUUAUUUUUCCUUUUUGACACAAAACAAAUAUUUCUUUACUGAUAACAAAUUAUAUACAAUACUUUCUUAUCUUUCAUCAUAUUUUAUGCAAUAUUUACCUCAAACAAUUCAUAUUUACGAUAACUUUCAUUUGACUGAUAUAAUGAAAUGCAAAACGUCAUAAUGAUGAUAAGUUUGUUAUUAUACUACAGUUGUAUUAGCUUUUAUAAACAUAUUCUGCUGUUCAAAAUUUUCAAAAUGAACAAUAUUCACGCCAUUCAAUUAGCACGCAUGUUGUAUCAUUAAUGCUGACAUUAAAAAUCUAUAUUGUUUUUAGUAAAUAAAAGAGAAGUUACAAAUAAAAACAGGAAAAGAAGGAAAUAAGAAAUAAAUAAAAAAUUUCCCUGUAGCAGAAAUAUUCGUACUUCCCAAUUUCCAAUUUCGUUAUUACAUGCACCUUGAAAUUUGUGACCAUAAUAUAUCUCAAUUUCAAAUAUCCUGCAUACAAUAAUAAAACAUGUGUAUACAUGAUAUAUAUAAUUAUAUAACUUUCAUUUUUAAGCAUAAGGUGAAUGAUGCAUUUCGGCACAUUCAAAAUAUGCAAACAUUAUCGUUUGACGAAAUCUCAUACGUGUUUCCUUUUACAAAGCAACAGGUGUCCUAUCCAUCUUCGUUAUUAUUGCCAAUUAUCGUUUAUUGCCAAUUUAUCACAAAGAUUUCUGGCACAUUCAAUCACUUCAACUUUCGCUAAUAUCGUACUUACUUUACAAUAAGCCUCUGUAAUAUAUUUAUUGAAAGACUAGUAUGUAGUAUCGCAAUACGCACUAUACGUAUAUACUACAUAUGUAUGUAUUAAUUUCUCCUUAUCAUAAUGCCUCUACAAGAUAGCAAUCGUCUACGAAUUCAUGUUUUUCAAGUUUCGAAAACACAUUAAACCGUAUUAUUUUUAAAAUGUGCUCCUUCUAUUUGAGAUAUUUUAUAAUCUUCAUAAUGAACAAGAAUAUUUUUAGUUGAGAAUGACACUGUUUCAGGAUAUUGCAGUUCAGGAAUUUACAUUUCUUUUAUUUAAAUUAUUCUGAUAACUUCUUUUAUUGAUUAUUACAACAUAAAAUUUGCUAUAGCUUGUAAAUAAGGUCAAACAGACAUAUAUUUAUAUGAACUUUUUUCAGAUGCUGAAUCAAUCCCUGAGAUAUUGUCUAUUACUCAUAUUACAAGAGAUUUACUCCAUAUAUUGAAUGACAUAAUUAUUAAAUAUUACAUGUUAAUAUUUGUUAUAUAUAGAUUAUUUUUCUGAUAAGAUUGAUUUUUAAAAAAUAUGAACAAAUAUUGCAAUACUGUUUGAUACAAAAAAUAUAAAAAUAUAAAUUAAAAGCUUAAGAUCCAUUGAUGCUUCUAAGUUCGGAAAUUAAUAAAAUCAAUAAACUCUUUUAUGUCUUAUUUAAAGUAACCAUAAUAUUAAGAGGUACUUUAAUAUAAAUAUAUAAUACAUAAAAAAUAUAUAACAUAAACAUUAUAUAUGCUUUUAACAUUUAUUGUUAUUAUGUACACACAUACAUAUAAUUUAACAUAUAUAUGUAAUAUAUGUAAACUAUAACUUCAUUGCUGAGUUAAACAUAGAUCCAUACAUAUAUUUUACCUAAUUCUCGCUGUAUGCACCAGGCAUGCAAUGUUUUAAAUGUUAUAAAAAUAUUUAGGCAUACAAGUAAAUACAAAAUGCUAAUUCUAUCAGUAACCACAGACUAUUAUAUAGAUAUAAUUUUUUGGCAAAUCUUUUCUUUCAGUUUCUCUGAAGAACAUUUAUCAAAAGGUAAUAUUAAUAAAAAAUACCCAAAAUUAAUACAGUAAUUUUACAUACUUUUACAUAUUUGUACUGUCAUUUUGUAUUUGAAUUGGAACACUAAUCAUUUUUAAUAUUAUUUAAGAUACUAUUUUAGCUAAAAUUGAACAUGUUACAUAUAACACUAUAACACUGUAUAUUUUUAUAUGCAAAUUUCUAUAUUAGCUAAAUAACAAUUAUGUAUUGUACAUGUAACUAAACAAUUUUUAUAUAAUAAAACAUCUUUAAUUAGACAAAAAAAAAA